CUGGUUUGAUGUCAUUAUGACUUGCAGCUGAUCUGGCAAUACUUUUGACCGCACAAUUCAUACUAUUCAUUAAACAUACCAUGUGUGCCCUCAGUCAUGAAGUUUUAAUUCUUGAAUUAUUUCCCUUUUCCUGUCGCGCAAAUUCUUUCAAAACUCCAGUCGGGUUGAAAGAUAUUUGGCAAAUUUAAUUCUGGAGGUUUAUUGAUGAGGAAAAUAAUAUCUAUAGAGGUUUUGUACACUGUACACAUCAGACCGCAAUGUAUGACAAUAAUUGUAGGACAGCGCCAGUUACGCUUGAUCUGUGAAGUCAGACCUUUUUCUUCUCAAGCUGUACAUACUCCACAUGGUAUGUUCAAAAAGAAUUGGACAGUUUGGGUAUUUAUUUUAAACAAAUACCAAAUAAAUACAAGGAGUUUAAAGCUCCUUCGUAAAUGAUACUACUCCAAUUGCAAAGAAAAGCAGGCUUGUGAGAUUUCUAUCUUCUAUCAAAAAUGUAUAACAAUGAAUCUUUAACUCAAGACUAGACCAUUGAUGAUGUGGUCGCUUCUUGUGAUGGUUUCGCUUUCCUUUUCAUUCUAAUUUAUAAUAACCAAUGAGCUAAGAUUAUUCCAGUGAUGACACAGUCACAUUAGUCAAUGUUGUAGGUUUCCGUCAGCCCAAGCAACUUUAUAUCAGUACCCUAAACACUGUCGUUGUUUGCUGUUUGUUGUUUGGUAGUCUCCUAGGAUUCCAUGAGCAUUGUUUUUGGUAUAAACUAAAGAGCAGCUGUAAAUUUUGCACUACCUGCAUGAAAUCUUGUCCAUUGCGACGGAAUAAUCUGACAGGAGCCCAGUGUCGUGGCUUGAAAGGAUCUGUGAUUUGUGCGAAAUUCAGUGAAAGUUGUUAUUGUAUUCAGAUAUCUUUGUAGACGCAGCUAGGAUGAAAUCUGGUAGCCAUCGAGAAAAAAGGAACUCUGGGGCUGAUGUUCAGAUGAGAAUGCCCUCAGCUAAGCUUCCAGCUUCCAACAGUCGUGAUGUUCGAGAAAUAUCAGGGAGAAAGGAAGCCACAGGGUUAAUGGGAAGGAUGAGGCGGACAUUGAAACGAGGGGGCAGCAAGUCCCCGAAAGAAGAUCCGGUAGGACAGGGGUUGCCAGGAGGAUAUCAGAAGAACCUGGUGAAUGGUGUUGUGGUGAACCCAUCUGUUGGGCAGGGUUUCAAUGGAGACCUACAGCCAUCAAGACUGGAUAAUGAUCCAGAAAGGACCUCACUCAAUGGAAGAACAAGCCAUUGCAUUUAUCACAAUGGAUGUGAUAUUAGAAACGGGAAUGGCCUGGAGAGACGCGAUGCUGAUAUGGAUCACUGCGUUGUUAAACAUGGAAGGGGAAACGAACAUUUGAGUGGAAGGGUUUCGCAAAAUGGCGGCAGUAGUCCAAUGCAGAACAUGGAUUCUACCAUCAACCAGAGUUCUUACAAUGGUGUUUCUGUCUUUGACAAGCAAGGGGCGCGUCCGAAGACAGGACUGUACCGCAAGAAGAGCAGUGCGGUUGGCAAAAACUUUGAGCUGGGAAGUGUCGUGUUGAAUGUUCAGGCUAAUCGCUGUGGAGAGGAAGGGAAAGGGAACAAUGUAGAUGUCAAGCUUAGUGUUGGAGGUCUGAUGGGAGAUGAAAGCGAGUCAGAAUCCACUGUGCCUUUACAACGGAAGGCAUCUGUCAGGAAUGACAUCUCAGUAAACAUUGUCCCGAGUGGAGGACUGCAGUCCAACUCGGAUGUGACGGUCAACUGCUCCGUGAAUGUACAUUGUCAUUUUACAGAGAUGGAGGAAGACUGUGAGGAAGUGGAGCAAAAUGAAGGAGAAAGUGACGCUGACUCAAGGACAAAGCAGCAGAAUAAAAUCCUGUCAAGUGCUGAGUUAGAACCUCUGGUGAUCCAGAUGGGACACCAGCCUGACAUGGAGCCUCUGAACAACCCUCGUACACCUCACAUAGCUGAGGUCAUGAUGAAAGAUAGCCUGGCAAGUUUAGAUAGUGAAUCUUCUGAUCGACAUCACAGAAGUUCAUCAGAUUCGCUACAUAGGGAAUCAAAGACACAACGUAAAGGCAACUCAGAACAGAAUGGAAAUGGGGACACAGACAGAGUUGUGAAAGAGAAGUUGAAAAAGGAAAAAUUUGAGCAUGUUGUACCCUUGCCAAAGGAUAGUCAAAUAGUAGAUGUAUUUACAACCCAGAAAGGUUCAGCAUGUGAUGAGAGCGAUAUAAGGUUUCAGUAUAACCUUCCAAGAUCAGUGUCCGAAGGAGCAGCUAUAUUAGCCAGCUACAGAAACGAUGAGUCCUUCAAAGAAAAUAGUAUGUAUGGACCAGCAAUAGAUCGAAGAACAAAACCCAAAUCUGGUUUUGGAGACUAUGCUCAGCCCGAAGGAAGUCCAGGUGAUGAUGAUGAAUCACCUCCACCUAUCCCACCUCGUAUGUCCAUGGUGUUAGACCAGGAUCCUAAGAAGGCAGAGUGGGAGACCGAACCAACUCACAUGUGUUUACCUGCACUCAUGAACGGUCUGUACAGCGACAACACAGGAACCAGUGCCUCAAUGCGGAGCAAGUCGCUUCCGCGCCACUCCUCCCUCAAUGACGUCUCCAUUGACCCAAGCAUCCCACGCCGUUCAAAGACGGCCCACCUUAAGAACAGAGUGUCCCAGCUCUUUAAGACUCCACGCCGCAAGUCCUGCGCAUUCCCAGACAGACCCUUGCCAGAUGUCCCUGGCAGCAAAUCGGGAGUCCAGUCAAGGGAGAAUCGAAGGAGUCAAGUCCAAAGACCUCAGUCACUCUAUUGCCCUACAGAUGGCAGGAACCAAAUAGUACCUCCACCGCCUGCUAGACCUAGUCCCCAAAGACCAUCUGCUGGUCCAAGACCGCCAAGACCGGGUCAGGAGAACAUGGUGGUGAUUGAGAGAAGAGAGGGGAUCCCAACCAAAGAUGAAGUUGCUAAAUGCCAGGGAAUGUUUGCAUCAAGUUUACGAAGGAUCAGUGAGUGUGGUUGGUACUGGGGCCCUAUGAGCUGGGAUGAUGCUGAGAUGAGACUAGAGAACACCCCAGAUGGAUCCUUCCUGGUGAGAGAUAGCUCUGAUGAUCGUCAUAUACUCAGCUUGACCUUCAGGGUUCAAGGUAGCACGCAUCAUACACGCAUUGAACAUCAUAAUGGCAAAUUCAGCUUCUGGUCGCAACCAACCACCCACGGUAGUUCGUCCAUCGUAGAGUUCAUAGAGGAAGCGAUGCGGCACUCACGGAACGGCCGCUUCCUCUACUUCUUGCGCCCUCGAUGGCCAGGACUCCCUCCCGUCCCUCUUCAGCUGCUCUAUCCCAUCUCUCGGUUCCAGAAGGCUCGCUCUCUCCAGCACAUGUGCCGCUUUGUCAUCCGCCGAAACGUCCGGCUCGACCACAUCGAUGCCCUCCCGUUGCCACGGCGACUCAAGGACUAUCUGCGGGAAGGGCAGUAUUAUACUCCAGAUGAUAUUAAGCCUUAAGCCAAUGAGAUGAUGAGGAAAAGGCUAAGUAUAUGUAUUAACAUGUUUACGUCAUAAAUCAUGUCAUUUUUUACUCAAUUCGAUUUAAUCACUAUUGAACACUACAGCUAAGUAAAGCAGUAGUAUGCAAAGCUUACCAUUUUAAUCAAUAGUAUAAUAAUGAGAAAAAGCAGUGCAAAUAUUCUUGUAGUUUAACUGCAAAAAGGAAAACUGAAUCACCAAGUGCAUAGCUCUACAAACCAUUGAGAUUUCUCUUCAAUCAUGCGUGAUCAAACUAAUGAGAGGUGAAGAGUUCAGGGUUCAAGCCCAUUAGCUUAUUUUUAUUUUGUAUAGAUAUUGCCUCAGAGGAUUAGAAAACAUGUUUGUUUCACAGCCAAAUAUGCACACACAUAUCUCUAAAAUAUAUCAUAUUGAAGACUCUAAUUAUUGAGCAUCAUGAUUGAAAUACAUGGUAUUGAGUAGUUUGAAAUUGCUUGUAACUAGGCCUGAGUCAAACCGUUUAACCGACGGUUAUCCGACCGCAUUCAUCAAAACCGUUUAGCAUUUCUCGCUCCGGUUAACCGUUAUUUGCAUACAUUUUGGAAUGUGCUAAUAGCCGAUGAUAAAGAUAAUCAAAGAAACCGCAGUGUAAUGUUACACCCUGGUCGCUGCGCGCCAGCUUUCUGGCAGCAAGUAAUCCCCAUGAAUG